AUGUCGUCGGUGUAUGAAUUCUGUAAACGGGUCUACUCUGUGCUGUACCCCCCGGCGGCAGUGCCUUCGUCUACACCCCUCAAGUUCGGCAUUCUUGGCGCUGCAAACAUCGCGCCCAUUGCGCUCGUGCGCCCUGUCAAGAAUCACCCUGAUGCCGUUGUUUACGCGAUUGCGGCGCGCGAUAAGUCGCGUGCGGACGACUUUGCGAAGACGUGGGGCGUUGAGAAAGCAUAUGGGUCGUAUCAAGAGCUCUUGGACGACCCUGCGAUAGAUGUGAUCUAUAACCCACUUCCAAACGGUUUGCACUACGAGUGGACCAUGAAAGCACUUGCUGCAGGUAAACAUGUCUUGCUCGAGAAGCCUAGCUCCAAUACGGUAGAAGAGACGCAGAAGAUGUUCGCGUUUGCGAAUCAGAAGGGGCUUGUACUCCUCGAAGCGUUCCACUAUAGAUUCCAUCCUGCCACUCAGCGCCUGAAGGAAAUUAUCAAGAUCAUUGAAACGAGCCUCGCUCUUCCCAGGGGAUUCAUCAAAGACAAUGACAUCCGUUUGUCCUAUGAUCUGGGAGGAGGGGCCAUGAUGGACAUGGGAUCAGGAGCGGAUCCCGUCAGAGUUUCGAGUGCUUCAGCUGAAACUUCGCCUGCUUUUCCGCGCGUCGAUAUUGGCACAACCGCUCAGCUGGCUUUUCCCCCUGCUUCCAGGAGCGAGGGAGACGCCCCGAUCAUAGCCUCUCUCAAAGCUCACUUUCGCUUGCCUGGGUGGGGCCCAUUUGCUCUGAUCCCCAGUAUGCCUUCUCCGAGCGCUCAUGUCGUCGGCACCGAUGGAGAAGCGUUCUUAUUUAAUUAUCCUGGCCCAUGGGUAUAUCAUUAUAUAUCUGUAAAAACGUACGGAAAACACGGGAAAGGCAAGGCGAUCAAGAGGACAGAGAAGAGGUACGGCGAGAAAGGAAAUGGGGCCUGGUCAACGUAUCGCUACCAGCUGGAGGCAUUUGUCGACAAAGUGCGGGGGCGGACGCCGCAACACUGGUUUGAUGCCGAAGACUCUGUCUCCAACAUGAAAUGGAUCGAACACAUCUAUGAAGAACGCCGAGUCUGCGUACCAGGCUCCUCACCGCGGACUGUUUGA